GAUGAUUCGUGAUCGUGUCUCGCGUAGGUGCGCAUCUUAAAGAAAACGUGUGAUCUUCUCAGCUAACUCUUUCCGAUCGAAAUUCUUGUGACCGUGAAAUAAGAUAAAAUUAAAGCGUUAGAAUGGGCGAUGUAGAAGUGGACCGCUUUAUAGCCGCUCAGAAAAAUAUAUGUCAUGAUCAGAUUUUCCAAGGUACGUCUAAAUUCGACGAUGUAAUGUCAAAAACAACUGAGAUGAACUUGUUCAACAAUAUUACCAAUAAGAUGAUGGAAAAAGAUCACAUCGACGUUACUGCCUCUUUCAACGAGGGCAAUGAUACCGAAAUUCGUCAAUGUCAACCUUCGUUUGAUGGUUUGCUCUGCUGGUCGCGCACCGACGCACCAGGAAUAGCCAUUCAACCCUGUCCGCCGGCGUUAAUCAUGGGAUAUACCGAUCUGACGAACGACAAUUUGCGAGCAUUUGCGAUAGCCAAUGCCAGUAAAGUCUGCUUGGCGAACGGCGAGUGGUAUCGAAACUCGAAGGGCGUUUUCUGGAGCAAUUACAGUCUGUGCGUACCGAAUAGUACGCGUUACAUGAUCGAUAGUACUGAGAAACCGAAUUACCUGCGAUUGUACGAAACAUCCGCAGAGUCUUCGGUGCUGAACAAAUGGUUGCCGAUCAUCAGGUUGGUGUCGCAAAUUGGAUAUUCCACAUCGUUCACUGCUUUAAUCGUCUCCAUGGUAAUCUUUUUCUUACUCAGAAAACUAAGGAAUCCCAGAAAUAGAUUGCACAUGCAUCUAUUUGCGUCCUUUAUCAUGCGGGCUUUCAUGGCGCUUCUGAAGGAUUGGGUCUUCGUCGAUGGAAUCGGAUUGGCCUGGGACCUUGUCAUCGUUGGAAAAAAAACUUUUAUCAGAGAACGCAAUUCUUGGAUCUGCAGGCUUAUCACAAGUCUGUGGCAAUACUUUAUCGUGGCGAACUACUCGUGGAUCUUGAUGGAAGGGUUGUAUCUUCACAAUCUAGUUUUCUUUGCGUUAUGUGCCGACACUAGCACCAUAACUUUGUACAUUCUCCUAGGCUGGGGUCUUCCUGUACUGGUAGUAGUUCCGUGGGUCAUAACACGCGCGACUAUCGAUAAUAUUCUCUGCUGGACUCAUCACGAAAAUCCCUCCCUGUUUCUUAUCAUAAGAAUACCAAUUAUUAUGUCUAUUUUGUUUAACUUUUUGUUGUUCCUCAACAUCGUUCGAGUUCUGUUCAUGAAACUGAAGACGUCGGUGCAUUUGCAACGCAAAAAGAUGAAAUACAAGAGAUGGGCGAAAUCAACUCUGGUACUAGUACCACUUUUCGGAAUACAUUACGCUUUCUUCUUAGGAUUUUCUUAUCAUAAAGAUUACCAAGUUGAGCUUGUCUGGCUUUUCUGCGAUCAACUGUUCGCGUCUUUUCAAGGUGCUUUUGUGGCUUUCCUUUAUUGUCUGCUAAACGGCGAAGUCAGAGCGGAAAUGCGACGAGCAUGGAGAGCUCGACGAUCAAAGCGAGAAGUUGAUACUCUUACUUUUGGACUUCGAGAAUUAUCAAAACUUUCAAAGGAUGAAAUUAAUAAAAAGCAGCAUCAAUCGGAAGGUGAUAACAGUACUAAUUUUGCAAUUAAAGCACUCAAGAAAUUGUCUAUUAAAAAGCGUUAAAUAAAUGUCAUCAAAUAAAUGUCCUGUUGAAUAAUAGAAACACAGAGCGGAAGAAAAGUUUUAUGGAUAAUAUAGAAGUGAAUAUUCAAAAAAAACUUGAAAUUAUAUUAUUUAU